CGAGCGAGCGACUGCAGGGAGCUAAGGUACCUCUCCGGCAGCGCGGGCUGCUGCUGCUGCUGCUGCUGCAGAUGGAGGAGAUGACACCACCACCCGCACCUGAGGCACCAUCCCCGCUGAAGUCCUACAAAUGGCGGAUAGGACCCCAGGGUGGGGAGAGGGAGCCCGAGCGGCACCCCAUGCCCCCUGCCAGCAGCCGCUGGGCCAAACUGCACAACUGGAGGCGUGCUCAUAGCCAGCCUGAGACUGAUGCCCCCGAGGUGCGCAUGGCCAGGAGCAGCCCAGGCACCGAGCCCCCAGAGCCUGUGGGGAGCAAAGCAGCAGCCCGGAGGUCUGUGUUCCAGAGGGCGUUUUCUGCCCCGGACAAGGUGCCCAAGGAGCCCAAGGGCCAAGAGGGCAUUAAGCUGAACCUGCGAAAAUACCUGCUUUCCAAGUCCCACCGCAGGAGCCAGGAGAGUGGGCUCAAGGCAGAGCAGGCACCUCAACAGGCAGCCAAAGAUGGCGUGCACCCCGUGCAGCAGAUUCCACUGGCUCCGUCCCCCGACGUCCCUGUCUGGGAUGUCUCGAACUUCUCCCUGGUGGAUGGACAGCUGGUGCUGAUGGCCAGGGAUGAGGAGGUUUUGUACAAGAGCCGGAACAGAACUGGCAGCUCCAUUUCGGAGACCAACGCUCAUCCAUCCCUGAGCAGCAGGAAGGACACCGAUCUCUCCUCUGAGGGGAAGAGCUCACCCAGCCCUCGGGCCCCAGGAAGAGGCACUGAGAGCGACGUGUCAACCGGCUCCCAGUUCAGUAACGUGAAGGGGCUGAUAUGGAAGAGGCUAAGAGAACGCAAGGGCCGGACUGCAUCCAAGCCCGAUUCCCAAACAGCGCUCCUUACGGACGGCGACAGGCUGCCAAGCCGGCAUGGCUCCCGUGAGUCCCUGCUGCCUGCGCCAAGUGCAGCUGAGCUGGAUCUGAGUGGCGAGGACGUAGUGAUCCGCCCGCUGCACAGCAGCAUCCUUGGCGAGAAGUUUUGCUUCCAGAUAAUCAACGCUGAGGGGAGCCGCUGUUUUGGCUGCACAUCAGUGGCUGAGCGGGACCGGUGGAUUGAGAACUUACGCAGAACCGUGCAGCCCAACAAGGACAACUGCGAGCGUGUGGAGAACACCCUGAGUCUCUGGGUGUACGAGGCCCGAGACCUGCCCCCCAAGAAGCGCUACUUCUGCCAGGUGCACCUGGAUGGUGCCCUGUACGCCCGCACUACAGCCAAAUCAGCGGGGGCGGAUGGGGCACUCUUUUGGGGCGAGCUCUUCGAGCUGGCCACACUACCAGCAGUGCGGGAGCUGCAGAUCAGCGUGCUGCGGGAGGAGGAGGGGCGGCGGCGGGAGACCAGCCCCCUGGGCACCGUGAUCAUCCAACUGAGGGAGCUGGCUGCCUCGCGCCAGCCCUUGGAGAAAUGGUACCCUCUGUGUGGAGCUGCCCCCAGUCGGGCACCUUCUCUGCGGCUGCGCGGACGCUACCAGGAGAUCCAGGUGCUGCCCAUUGUGAACUACAAGGAGUUCGCCGAGUACAUCACCUUCCACUACCGAGAGCUGUGUGCCAGGCUGGAGCCGGCUAUUGCUGUGCGCCACAAAGAAGAACUUGCCAAUGCCCUGGUGCAUGUGCUGCAGAGCACAGGCAAAGCUAAGGCAUUUCUCAUCGACCUGGGGGUGGCAGAGUUGGACCGCUUCGACGACAGAGAUGCACUGAUCUUCCGCGAGAACACACUGGCAACCAAGGCCAUUGACGAAUACAUGAAGCUGGUCGGGGGGCAGUACCUGUUGGACACACUGGGGGAGGCUAUUGCCCAGUUGUAUGAGUCGGAGGAUAGCUGUGAAGUUGACCCCAGCAAGUGUGCAGCCAAUGACCUGUCUGACAACCAGAACAAUCUGCGGCAGGCGUGUGAGGAGGUCUUCCAGAGAAUCACCAACUCCUGCGAUGCCUUCCCAGUGGAGCUCAGCGAGAUCUUUGCAGCAUGGCAGGGGGAUUGUCUGGAACGGAAAAAGGAGAACAUUGGGCAGCGGCUCAUCUCGGCCUCGCUCUUCCUGCGCUUCCUAUGCCCAGCCAUCAUGUCCCCCAGCCUGUUUGGCCUCACCCAGGAGUACCCAGAUGAUGCCACCUCCCGCACCCUCACCCUGGUGGCAAAAGUCAUCCAGAACCUGGCCAAUUUUGCUACGUUUGGUGAGAAGGAGGCGUACAUGGGGUUCAUGAACGAAUUCCUGGAGCACAACUGGAGCCGCAUGAAGUCGUUCCUGCAGAGUGUGGCCAACCCUGACAGCAGUGCCCGCCUGGUGGCUUAUGAUGGCUAUGUGGACCUGGCACUGGAGCUCUCCACCCUGCACGCACUGCUCUGCGACAUAUUCACUGGCCUGGACCAGCGAACGAGGGAGCAGUUAGAGCCCCUGCCGACCAUCCUCUAUGCCAUCAAAGAGGGGACGCCAGUGCCUGUCUCCAUCAAACUUGGCCCCGGCAUGGACAGCCCUGGUGAGAAGCCAGGAUUCCUGCCCCCGAGGGAGCUGAGCAAGUACAGCCCCCUGAUCAAGAGUCACUCCAUGACCAACAUCCAGAAGGGCAGGGGGAAGGAGGAUGAGCAGCAUCUCCAGCAACUGCCUGCCUCCCCACGCCAGGCCUGGGAGAGGAGGAAGGUGCAGCGCACCCAGAGUGUGCCAGCCCAGAGCAAGGCAGGACGCAGGCUGCAGAAGCAGAGCAGCAUGGAGCACGUGGUUGAGUCCCAGGGAGAAGAGAGUCACGAUGAGAGCCCUCGCCCCUCUACCUUCCGCCCACGGGAUGGCCGAGCCCACCCGGGGCGAUCCAAUCUCCGCCAAUCUGCCUCGCUGCCCCGGAAGUCCACGGUUCCCUGGCAGCGCCACGCUGAGGAAGCAGCCAAGGCACAGACUGAGCUGUACGCCAUGCGGCCGCUGGAGAAGCAUGGGAAGCAAAUUGAGGAGCUGAGGAAGGAGUUGGCAGAGUCCAGGGAGAAGCAGAGGCUCUUUGAGAGCCAGCUGGAAAUGCUGGUCACCCAGAACCAGACACUGCUGGAGGAGCAGGCCAAAAGCCAGGGGCAGGAGGAGAGACUCCGGAGGCAGCUGGAGAAGCUGGAAACCCACCUGGCAAACCUCAGCACCAGGGUGGCGGCGGCAGAGGGCAGCCGGAGGAAGGACCAGGAGAAGCUGAGGGCCAGCGAGGAGAGGACGAAGCGUCUGGAGCGCCGCCUGUCGGCCCUGGAGCGGGAACACGCCGAGCUGCUCUGUGCCAUCAGUCAGCGGCCGGGAUUCCAGGACAAGCCACCCAACUCGCUGCUGAUGCCAGCGCCACAGGACGGGGCCGAGGACUGGCAGGAGGUUUAGCCAGCUUGGUGGGCCCAGACGGCCAGCCCCUGGGCCCUGCGUAGGACGCAUCCCACCCCAGCAGCUGCCACCCGCUUUGGAUACCCUGCCAGCCAGACCUUGUCUCUAGAAAUUUGUCACAGACCCAAGCCCAGCAGCUCUUUCCUGGUAUGAGUCCAGCCUGGGAGGUCCUGAGUCUGCCAGGGAUGUUGUUCCAGAUAAUGGAGUCCCAGAGAGCUGCAGGCUGCUGCUGUGAAUCCCCUGCAGCUCUCCACUCCCCAGGAGUGGUGGAGAGCGAUCAGAUUUGUGAGAGGCCCAUUCAGCCCCUCUCUCAUCCCAACUGGGGUUCCCUUCCCUAUUCCUGCAUCCAAAGGGUCCCCAGGUGCUUCCUUCUGAACUCCUCCCACACACUCCCGAUGCCUUGCUGCCCCCUUCGUCAUACCCAUGCUGCCAUCCCCAUAGUGGAACAUUGCCCCAACAUGCCCAAGCUUCCCUGGGGCUCUGGCUGCUGCAUAGCACCAGUUGCCCAGGGCCACUGCCCAGUAACUGCCAACAGGCCCAGCCCUGCGCCAGGGGCUGACUAGAAGGGAUGCGCCCGGACCAGUAUUCAGGCCUCAUUUGGCUCUUGGGGGAUUCAGGGAUGAGCUGCCACAGUGAGCUUGUCUCCGGGUUCGUGCUUGGGCCAUGACUCCCUGCAGAGCCAGAAAUGCAGUGGCUGCUUUGUCAAAAACCUUCCUUGUCUCUGAGGGUCGCCUGCAGCCAGGCAGUAAACAUAGUGCCUUUUGUGACGAGCAUGUGGGUUGGAGCCUGGAGCACUCGCCACAUGGGACCAGACAGGCCAGGGCCCAAGGAUUCAGAGGGAAGCAUGGCAGGCACCAAGCUCCGAGAGUCUCUUGCCACAGGGCCAGGUUUUAGAAAAGCCCAGCUCCUACUGAGAAACUCCCAGCCCUGCUGUUCAUGCACACACACACACACACACACGUGCACAGGCACAUACAGGAACAACACAUGCAUGUAUGCGUGCACACAUGGCACAACAUGUGCACACACAUGUGCGCCUCACAUUGUUCUCAGUGGGUGCUGCUGGGGGCUGAGCACUUCUGCAAGUCUCUCCCUGCACCCCAGAGCGCUCACACAGACGCCUUCCAAGGCUUGCAAGGCUGAGGCCCCGUCACAGCUGGCACCCAGCAUGUGUGCAGUGCACACCUGGGAGGGCACAUCAGGGCUGGCUGUCACUUGCAAAGGUUUAUCAUUUGCUGAAUUCCAAACCAGCUUCUCCCAGGUCCCCAUGUCCCCUGCUCACUGGGGCCAUUCCGAGCUCUGUCCCCUACCUCUGGGACCCUGGAACUGGGCAAAACGAGAAUAAUGGGGAUAUUCGGGAUGAGAGUGAGCUCUUCUCGUCCUCCAAAUGACUUGGCCCAAACUCCGGACUGAUUCCCCAUCCCCUGCAGACUGGGCCUGGGCAGGCCAGCUGGGAAGGGUCAUCAAAUUCAGGGCGUUAGACUAUGUCUACACUACGCACCUUUUAGCAACAUAGCUUUUGCAGCUAAAAGGCACACAGCAUAGCUGUUCUUUGUUGGCAAGAGAGAGCUCUCCCACCGACAAAAAACUCCCACCCCAACGAGUGGCAGUAGCUUUGUCGGCAGGAGAGAGCGCCCUCUGAUAAAACGCUGUUCACAUCAGCUCUUUUUGUCUGUAAAAUUUGUGUCGUUUGGGAGAGGAGAGUGUUUUUUUCAUGCACAGUCCGAACGACAAAGGUUUUACUGACGAAAGUCCAGUGUAGACAAAGCCUUACAGUGGAAACCACUCCAUUUCAGAGCUACAGCUGGCUUCUGCUCCCAUGAUAGUCCAGCAACGCACAGAGCCAGCUCGCCCCUCAGCCCCUAGGAGCAGGCCUGUCUGCAGAGGCUGGCCUGUGCAUUUGCAGUGGGAUGAUAGUCAGGGUCUUGGGGUGACUCCUGAAGCAGCCUGUCUCUCCAAUGUUUCCUAGCACCUGUAGGAGUUGCCUUCCUGAGGACAGGUGCAUUCUGGUCCUGGAGGGGCUCUGCCUGGCUCAUGACUGCAGGGAGGGGAAGCCGCAGCAUGGAGCCAGGUGCGGGAGGGAGGGGUGAACAGUUGGGAGGGAGGAUCUAAGAGGGAGGGAGUGUGUCCCCACUGCUCUGAGGGCAAGUUACUAGGACCCAGUUUAGUAGUGUAGAUCAGGGCUCACUUCCAUUGGCUUCAACAGGAGCGAGGCGCCUGAAUUGCAUUGAGGAGCUAGACCUAGAUGCCUCUGGGCUUUUGGGUUAACAGAAGGGGCUGGAGUAGCACCACUUAGGGACACACACACACACAUACAUUCCCUAGGAUGACCAGACAGUGAAUGUAAAAAGCGGGACAGGGGAUGGGGGAG